AUGGCACCUAUCCGCAAGCUGAAAGUAGGAAUUGCCGGUCUCGGCCGCAUGGGCGCCCGACACGCCCUCAACUUCCAGAACCGUACGCCUCGAGCUGACCUCGUCGCCGCCUUCACACCGGAUCCCAAGGAAGCGACGUGGGCAGCCACAGAGCUGCCUGGUGUCAAGGUCUACACCGACUAUGACGAGAUGCUCAAGCAUGAAGGGCUCGAGGCCGUUGUUGUAGCCUCUGUCACCACAGCUCACGCAGAGCAGGCCAUCAAGGCAAUUAAUGCAAACAAGCAUGUUCUAUGCGAGAAGCCCCUUAGCACAAGCGUCGAGAUUUCACAAUCGGUGGUAGAUGCUGCUAUGGAAAAGCCACACCUCAAGGUCAUGUGUGGAUUUUCAAGACGCUUUGAUCAGUCGUACAGAAAUGCAUUUGAACGCAUGGAUGCUGGUACAAUUGGCAGACCCUCAGUGUUUCGGUCACAGACCUGUGACAAGUUGGAUCCAUCCGGCUUUUUCGUAGCAUACGCCGAGUUCAGUGGCGGCAUCUUUGUCGAUUGCAACAUCCAUGACAUCGACUUGGCCCUAUGGUACUUUGGCCAGGAUUCAGUCGUAAAGAGCGUCGUGGCUAUGGGAAUCACGGCAGUGCAGCCAGACUUGCGCAAGCACAAGGACGUGGACAACGGAGUGGGUGUGGUCGAGUUCUGGGGAGGCAAGAUCGCCUAUUUCUAUAGUAGCCGCAUGAUGGCUGCCGGUCAGCACGAUAUGACUGAGAUUAUCGGCACUGACGGCAAGUUGACUGUCAACGCCAACCCCAUCGGCAGCCUGGUUGAAAUGCACGAGCCCCGCGGUAUUCGCCGUGAGAUUCCCGCCGACUACUACGGCCGCUUUGAGCACGCUUUCGUGACAGAGGCCAAUGAAUUCACCGCGGCCUGCCUGGAGAACACCCGCCUGCCCUUCAAGCUCACCGGCGCCGUUCAGGCAGUCAAGAUUGGCUGUGCUUUGCAGGAGAGUUUGAACACAGGGAAGAAGAUCAACUUUGAUGAGACGGGUCGACGCAUUGAGGGCGCCAAGCUAUAG